AUGGGAAAUCGUAAAUCCUAACUUCAUAAGCAAAUAAGACCAUUUUUUUAUAGACAUUUUUUAGGCUAUACUAUUCGGAAAUAAAAAUCAUUAGGGUAUUAAGCAGAAAAUUUCCAAGAGAAAGAAAUGAGCUCAAUACUCAAUUACAAUAACACUAUUAAAACACCAGAAAGUCUGUCUCAUUUUGAUUCAAUGGUUCAUGAUGACGUCGACCACACUAAUUCUAUUGGAGUAAUUAACCAAGAUAUGAAUGAUUUAUUAAGAUUAAUUUGCCGAAUUUUAUUGAGUUAUAUACUAGAGGGACAAAAAUCUACAAUUUCUGAACAAUCAAUGAUUUUUGAUGAAAUUCACUAUUUGAAAAUCAAGUAAAUAUAAAAUUAGAUGAUACACACAACAACUUUCUAAUCAUAUGGACAUCUUACCUUUUUUUGGAUUUUUUCAGAAAGAGAUAAAGCCGGAAUUCCCUGUUCCAACAGUUUUACAGAUUUUUGAUUUUAUCAAGCCGACGUUUGAAAAUUUAUUUGUCCAGCAUGAAUGCGUCGUUAUGAUGCUUAUUUAUGUGGAGAGGCUUAUAACUGAAGGAGGAGUGCAAUUAUCAAGCACCAACUGGAGACCCAUAGUUUAUAUAGUAAAUAAGCUAUUUUUAUCAUAAUUUCGUUAGCUCAAAAUUGUAUUACCAUUUAAAAGCGUUAUUUUUCAUAGACAUUGCCGUACAAAUAUUUUACAAUUUAAAUACUAUACAUUAAAUAAUACCCUAGCUAUACAGGAUUAUUGCUUUCUAGUAAAAUAUGAGAAGACAUAUGUGUCCUGAACAUCGAUUUUGCCAAUUUAUACCCAUACUAUACAAUAAGAUCCACAAACCUCUUACUCCCCCCCCUUUAAAUUGGAACAAAAUAUCGGUAAAAUUUCCACUUUUUUAGUAAAUUAACCCCCCUUUAAAUUGGAACAAAAUUUAAUUUUAUAAUAAAAAGUUAUAUAUAAUUUUUACCUAAAAAGUUUUGAUAUAAGUUAAAUGUUUCUUCUUAACUAAAAUUAAAAAUUUAGUUAUAUCUUGCUCUUUUUUAAAGAAAAAAGUAUAAAGAGCAUCUUAUUUAAAUAAAUUUAUUAUCCUUAAUUGGUAAAUUUUAAAAAACAAUUAAUUUUUUUUUUUUUUUUAAAAUUUUUCAAAAAAAAAAUUUUUGUUUUUUUUGAUAAAAAUGAUAUUUUUUAUUUUUGGAUAGCUUUGAUAUAAAUUUCAAUAGGAAUUCUUUAUAAAAUUUCAAAAUUUGUUAUUUCUUGCUUUAUUUUAAAGAAUAGAGUAUAAAUAAUAUCUUAUUUAAACAAAAUUAGCACUUUGAUCGAUAAAUUUUCCAAAAUUUUUUUUUUUUAAUUUUUUUUAUCAAUAAAAAUAAUAAUUUUUGUGUAAAUAAUUUUGAUACCAAUUAAUAGUGGCGUAUUAACUAAUAAUAAAACUUUAGUUAUACCUUGCUUUUUAUUAAAGGAUAAAGAGUAAAUAGCAUUUUAUUAAACAAAUUUAUUAAUCUAACUCGAUAAGUUUUUGAAAUUUUUUUUUUUUUAAUUUUAUGUAAAUUAUUGUUUUUUAAAAAUUUUAUAUUGAUAUUUUUUUUUAAAAAAAACAUUAACCCCCUUUAAAUUGGAACAAAAUUUUUAGUUCCAAUUUAAAGGGGGGGGGAGUUAGAAAUGAAUUUUGCAAGCGCUCUAGGCUGGAGACUUUUCAUCUCCCCUGAACAAUACUCAAAGUAUUAUUUUCAUCUAAAAGAAAUGAUUUCUCCUAUAUCUCGCUCACAUUUAAAAAAGCGAUCAAGUUUAAAACUAAUACCUUAG